AUGGAAAUAGACAUUGAAGAUUCUACACAGAUCAUGUCGUUGACUGCACCGGCACUGAGAACUGGUUUUUCGGAUGAGGGGUUCUAUAACAACUUUACCCCUCCCACUAAUGAACCAAUGAUCGAUCUGAUGAACUUCGACGAGGAACUCUCCAGCGAUGACUCAAGUGAAGAGGUGGGGGGGGGGGGGGGGGUCGCGUCGUGGUCGCGUGGGAGCUCCCCCUCUCCUGCGCCAAGAUCUGUCGCCGCCGUGCCCACUCGCCGGCGCCCGCAAGUUGUUCGAGCUAUCGCCGACCUAGAUCCACUGGUCCAGCUGCCACUAACAGCUGAAAACGUCGAGUUGGUUCUGGAUGAAGUGCGCCCGUACCUUAUGGCAGAUGGAGGAGACGUCGCCUUGCAAGAGAUCGACAGGAAUGUGGUGAGGUUGAAUCUGCAGGGAGCAUGUGGAUCGUGCCCAAGCUCGGUGAACACAAUGAAGAUGGGCAUUGAGCGGCGCUUGAUGGAGAAAAUACCAGAGAUCGUCGCAGUUGAACCUAUUACGAAUAAGGAGACGGGGUUUAAGCUGAAUGCACAGAACAUUCAAAAGGUAUUAUUUUCUUUUUUCGAGAAUGCACAGGAAUGCUGCGUAUCAAAUAUGAUAGGACAAAAAAAAAAAACAGUUUUUACUAUCAUGUGUAAGCUCAGCAGAGAUUAUUACAUGAUAUUAAACCAUCCAGCUACUGAAACACAUCAAUAG